AUGGUCGCUGCGGGAUUCUUCCACACGGUGCUGCUCAGGAGCGACGGCGCGGCCGUGGCCUUCGGCUCGAAUGGCGCCGGCUACUGCAACGUGCCGGCGCUGGAUGGCGGCCUGAGCUACACGCAGGUCGCCGCGGGAGAAGCCCACACGGUGCUGCUCAAGAGCGACGGCACGGCCGUGGCCUUCUGCUCGAAUCGCGACGGCCAGUGCAACGUGCCGGCGCUGGACGGUGGCCUGAGCUACACGCAGCUCGCCGCGGGAGGCGCCCACACGGUGAGCGACGGCACGGCCGUGGCCUUCGGCUCGAAUCGCGACGGCCAGUGCAACGUGCCGGCGCUGGACGGCGGCCUGAGCUACACGCAGGUCGCCGCGGGACGCUUCCACACGGUGCUGCUCAAGAGCGACGGCACGGCCGUGGCCUUCGGCUGGAAUAACGCCGGCCAGUGCAACGUGCCGGCGCUGGACGGUGGCCUGAGCUACACGCAGCUCGCCGCGGGAGGCGCCCACACGGUGCUGCUCAGGAGCGACGGCACGGCCGUGGCCUUCGGCUCGAAUCGCGACGGCCAGUGCAACGUGCCGGCGCUGGACGGCGGCCUGAGCUACACGCAGGUCGCCGCGGGAGACUUCCACACGGCGCUGCUCAGGAGCGACGGCACGGCCGUGGCCUUCGGCUCGAAUCACGCCGGCCAGUGCAACGUGCCGGCGCUGGACGGCGGCCUGAGCUACACGCAGGUCGCCGCGGGAGGCGCCCACGCGGUGCUGCUCAGGAGCGACGGCACGGCCGUGGCUUUCGGGCUGAAUCUCGAGGGCCAGUGCAACGUGCCAGCGCUGGACGGAGCGCUGACGUACACCGCGCGCCCGCUCGUCGGCGCGACGCUGCUUCUGCAGGUGCGCUUCCUGACCCUGGGCGGGGUGGAGCGCUGCCGGGUGCGGGCGGCGCCCGGCGCGCCGCUCGCUGGCGUGCGCGACUGGCUGGCGGGCGAGCUGGGCGCGGGCAGGCUGGGCCCAGGGCUCGGCCGCGCCGACGCGGCCCUGCCAGGCGGACAGCUCCUGAGCGGGGCUUUGGCGGGCGAGACCGUUGCGCACGCCUUCGGGAGCGACGGCGCGGCCGUGGCCUUCGGGCGGAAUGACCGCGGCCAGUGCAACGUGCCAGCGCUGGACGGUGGCCUGAGCUACACGCAGGUCGCCGCGGGAUACGCCCACACACUGCUGCUCAAGAGCGACGGCACGGCCGUGGCCUUCGGCUUGAAUGACGAAGGCCAGUGCCACGUGCCGUCGCUGGACGGCGGCCUGAAUUACACGCAGGUCGCCGCGGGAGGAGGUGACAACACGGUGCUGCUCAAGAGCGACGGCACGGCCGUGGCCUUCGGCUGGAAUAGCGACAGCCAGUGCAACGUGCCAGCGCUGGACGGCGGCCUGAGCUACACGCAGGUCGCCGCGGGAGUCGCCCACACGUGCAACGUGCCGGCGCUGGACGGCGGCCUGAGCUACACGCAGGUCGCCGCGGGAGGCGUCCACACAGUGCUGCUCAGGAGCGACGGCACGGCCGUGGCUUUCGGGCGGAAUCUCGAGGGCCAGUGCAACGUGCCGGCGCUGGACGGCGGCCUGAGCUACACGCAGGUCGCCGCGGGACGCUUCCACACGGUGCUGCUCAAGAGCGACGGCACGGCCGUGGCCUUCGACUUGAAUCGCGCUGGCCAGUGCAACGUGCCGGCGCUGGAUGGUGGCCUGAGCUACACGCAGGUCGCCGCGAGAGGCGGUCACACAGUGCUGCUCAGGAGCGACGGCACGGCCGUGGCCUUCGGCUCGAAUCGCGACGGCCAGUGCAACGUGCCGGCGCUGGACGGAGCGCUGACGUACACCGCGCGCGUCGGCGCGACGCUGCUUCUGCAGGCGUCGUUUGAUGGGGGCGCGGUGCGCUUCCUGACCCUGGGCGGGGUGGAGCGCUGCCGGGUGCGGGCGGCGCCCGGCGCGCCGCUCGCUGGCGUGCGCGACUGGCUGGCGGGCGAGCUGGGCGCGGGCAGGUUGGGCCCAGGGCUCGGCCGCGCCGACGCGGCCCUGCCAGGCGGACAGCUCCUGAGCGGGGCUUUGGCGGGCGAGACCGUCGCGGACGCUUUCGGGUUGUAA